AAGCAAUCAACACAUCUGUGACUCUCCCCUUGAAAUCGACGGAAACGAAUCUUGCUUACCGUCAAGGAACUUCUCAAGUCAAUACAAAUCUCCCAAGGAUACUCGACGAGCUCUAUCAAAAUGGACGGAUUGACAGCUGCCGAGCAGAGAGAGUUUCAGAGCCGUAUGGAGCGAAAGCAAAUGAAGGAGUUCAUGGGCAUGUUCUCAAACCUCGUAUCACAUUGCUUCGAUUCCUGCAUUGACGACUUCACCACCAAAUCCCUCAUCGCUCGCGAGACAGGUUGCGUCAGCCGAUGCGUUAAGAAAUUCAUGGCAGGAAGUGAGCGUAUCGGACAACGAUUCCAAGAACAACAAGCACAGAUGAUGCAAAAUCCUCCUCCUGGAAGAUAAGCUUCUCUGCUCUCAGAGAACUCGAAAAUACACGUUAUGGGGAUGGUGAUGACGCCAAAGGUGGAAUGGAGUAAAAAAAUGUGUACGAUAGACUGGGGUGGAGUUGGCGGCUUUCUUCUUGUACAGUGAGUGCUAGAUGGAUAGCACGUAGGGAAGAACGAAAAGGCCGAUCGCAUAAACAAAAAAGAUACGUGUACAGUGGUUACGACGACGAAUGAGACCUCAAUUCAACUCCUCCAAGUCAUUAAUUUUUGCGGACCACCAAGCUCCAAGGAUGUGACUUGAAUCCAUACAAGAUCUACUGCUGAAUAGUAUCCAGACUCCACAAGAAG